CCAGAGGUUUACGCUUGGGGAAGCUCACAGUACUAUGAAUACCUUGUGAUGGAACUACUCGGUGACCUCGUCGACGCCCCGUUACUCACAGACGAAGGCUUGACCCUCCGGAACCUCGUUGCCCUCGCAUGGCAGAUGAUCGACGCUCUCGAACAUGUCCACUCGCACUACCUGGUUCACUGUGACGUCAAGCCGGACAAUCUUCUCUUCAGCUCAGACCCUGCCGUGGGUCAGAUCAAGCUGAUCGACUUUGGACUCGCGAGACCAUACCGAGACGCUCAGACGCUCGAGCACUUCUCGCCAUCCACGCUAUCCUGUUCAAUUGGUACCAGACACUAUACCAGUAUCAACGUGCAAUACCAUCACAGUCCUUCGCGGCGAGACGACAUGGAAUCCCUCGCGUACACUAUUGUGGACCUUCUUUGUGACGACCUGCCAUGGGGCGAUCCAGAGCUACCAGGCUCUGAGAUACUCACUAUGAAGCAAUCCUGGUCCGGGCCUGCCAUUUGCACAGGAUAUCCCCCCGUAUUCGGCGAGUUUGUCGACUACACUCGCUCUCUUGCAUUCGAAGAGACGCCUGAUUACGCGGGCUGGCAGGAACGUUUCCUCGCCAUCUGUCCCGAAAUUCGUGGCCGUCCGCGCUACGAUGCUUCCGAUCGAGGACCCAAGGUGGGCGAGCCGCUUUGGUCUGGCAACGUGGAGAUCAAGUCUGUCCGUCCUAAGCCGACGUCCCUCGAUCACCCUGAGCUUUCGCGGAUUGAUGCGCCAGUGUGGCAGCCCGAAUCAACUUGGGCCGACACUGAGGAGAUCGAUGACAAAGACCUCUUUGGAGACGAACAAAGAACCGUGCGAGAGAGGCUACAGAGGCUGGAGGAACCUCCGGCAUGUCAUUGGGUAGUGCCGGGUGAGACGAUACGUGCGGUUUGA